AUGGGCUUCCACUGCGCGGAUACUCUCGAGCAACAUAACUGGGUUGGCGGAGGACUUGACGCUUAUAUCUACCACGUCACUCCUACUAUUGUGGUGAAAACUGUUCGUCCCGACCGAACCCCUGAAGAAAAGGCAGAGGGGCAUCCUUUCCUAAAGGAGAUUGCGUUUUUCAAACGUCUAAAUGAGGGCCAGGAUCGAUGUCCGAAUAUUAUUGAAUGUUUUCUCAUGCUCCCGGACCAUAUUUUUCUAUCAUAUUGCACACAUAAGGCAAUUACCCCUCGCUUCUAUGAACGCCAGGAGCGAGAGAGAGAAGCAAACGGUUUUCAUGGGCGCCUUAUCAGAGUGAAGGAAUACGAAGAUCCUGCCCUCAUCGCUCGAUGGAUACAACAACUCACCUCUGCUCUUGAGUAUGUGGAGAAAUUAGGCUUUUGUCACAAUGAUCUGCAUGCAAGCAACUGUCUUCUUGACAAGAACUUCAAUUUAAAGCUGACUGAUUUUGGCCGUGCCACCACCAUUGGACAGUUUCUUGAAGGUACCUUGCCUCCACGGGCCAUGCCAAUACUGGCUGGACCAUUGAAAGGCACAUACGGUCUCUGUUCUGCCAGAACCGAACAGUUUGCCGUCGGGACACUUCUAUACUUCAUGGUAUAUGGUCAUGAACCCUAUGACGACGUAAUCCUCAGCGCCGAGGAAUCGGAUCGUCGAUUUGGGGAGAUGGAAUUUCCAGAACUGAACCGCAACGAAGUCCUUGACGAGAUUAUUUCUGCUUGUUGGCACAAUGUCUAUCCUACAAUGGCCUUGCUAGCAUACGACGUCAAACGCAAGACAAAGGACAUGAUUCGGAAUGCAGAAUACAUCUCCAUUGACUCUGAUGAGGAGACAAAAACCUGUAAAGCAUUGGUUCGCAGAGGCUUGUUGGGACCUGAGUUGGCUCUCAACUUUCAGCCGGCCUGGCGAAGAUACUUACAUGCUAUUGUGAAGAGAACCAUGUCUAUUUGGCAAUGCUUUCUACAGAGGAAAUUCUGGCCCUGGUCUUGA